GUGUGCGCGUUGUUGCAUUGCAUGUUCACAAUGUAUUUUCAACAAGAGGGAAAAUAGCACUUAGUAUCGCAGAGCUAACAAAGAAUAAUAUUCUACGUGGAUGUUUUAAAGAUCGAUAUUACUAUUCGGCUUUUGACGUGAUGCUUUGUCAAGUAACGUUAAUGCUUCGGUUUCAGCUUGAGUGGGGGGAAAAUUCAGACACCUGCAGACGAUUCCUACAUCAUGCAUGAAGGAGAUGCUAAGAGCCAAGAAACCAACUCAGAAGUGGCAGAAAGCAAUGACCAUGUUUUAUUGAAAAGAGAAAUGGGAAAUUUAAUUUCCAAAGGUCUGCCUUUAAGUUCCCAGGACAGGGAAGUAGAGAAACCUUCACCUCAGCUAUUGAUUCUCUACCUGAGUGCUUACCCUCGAAAGAAGAGAGAGAAAAAGUCUCCUGUGAAACAGAUGGAAAUAAAUCUCCAGAACAGUCAAAAACUGCUACGGAAGUUGACAUGGAUAUAAAAAAAUAUCCUGGUGAACCAAAAGAUGAUUCCAGCGCCACAGAUAAUGAGGCAACUUUAAGAAAACCAGAAAAGGAGUCUGAAAAUAACCAAGACCGGCCUUCAACACUCCAUACGUCUAUGGAAGAUCAGAAGACCAGUUUAGAAAAGGAAGUUGACUUAGCUAGUGAUAUAUCCUGUCCUAAUGCAUCUGCAGGUAGCCAAUGCAAAGAAGAUUCUGACCCAAAAAUCCAUGAAGAUACCGCAGAUGAUAAAGUUUCUGACAUUGAAAAUCAAGGGGCCUCACAUGUCACACCCAUAAAUGUCCAUACAGACCCCUCCAUGGAAGAAACCACCUCGAAGAAUGUAUCCCCUACCUCACAAGAGACUACUUCAGAGCAGGACAACCAGAAAUCUUUGAGUGAAGGAAGUGCAGAUGAUAGCACCAUGGAAAUGACCCAACACAAAUCUGCAUAUACUAACCAUUCUCGGGGACGGCCGCGUAAACAAAAACAGGUUAUCAAGUGUGAGGACUGUGGCCGCCAGUUCGCUCAUUCCUCAGCAUAUAUUAUUCACCGGCGUGUCCACACGGGUGAAAAGCCCUUCAAGUGCCCAGACUGUGACAAAGCUUUCGCUCAACUCUCCAACCUUCGGUCUCACGCUAGAGUCCACAAAAAUAAAAGACGGAAACACAAACAACAAAGCAGAGCUCCUACAGAGAACGCGACCCAAGUGAGUGUGAUUGACAAAAAAGGAACUGAGGAAAGUGUGACUGAGGAAAAAGACUGCAGUAAUCAAAUCGUUUCUUUUAAAAGGAGGAGAGGGAGAGGAAGAGGAAAGGCGAGACGAAAAGUCAGAGGGAAAGCCCACGCUUGUCCGAUAUGCCAUAAAGUAUUUUCCUUCAAAUCUGUCCUUAAAAUACACCUUCGAAUUCACAGUGGAGAAAAACCGUAUUCGUGCAAUGUGUGCGGCAAAUCCUUUACCCAGGCGUGUACCGCCCGCGUCCAUGAGAAAGUGCACUGGCACAUCAAGCCGUACCUUUGUUCAAAAUGCAAUAAGGGAUUUUCUCAGAUAGGACCACUAAAAGUACACACCUGUGAGGGUAAAAAACAACAACACAAUACCGUUAAAGAAAUGGAGUUGGCUGGUGUUGUAUCCUACAGGUGUCACUUUUGCAAAAAUAGCUUUGGCACAAGAGACGAGUAUGAAUUACAUUUGCAAGGACAUACGGAUACCCAGCGUUACAGGUGUGACCGUUGCGGUCAGAGGUUCAAUCUCCAGUCUGAGCUGAACACACACGGCAAGCAUUGUGUUGACAUGCGACUCACAAAAACAAAGGCUUCCAGGUCCAAUUCAUCUCUAAGGUUACAACCCAAAAUCCCUCAGUCGCCAAAAACAACCCGAAGUGCAAGUCCAAAACUGUUUCUUUGCAGUAAAAUCUCCCACCACUACCUUGAAAGAUAAUUCCCUGCCA